AUGACAUUCUCCACCGACCCCCCAAAUCCGCGCCAUCCUCUUCGAUUUCAUAGGCACAGGUCUAAAAUAGCACGCCUCAUUCCUCCCACAUCUUCCACCCCUCCCAUCCCAUCCCUCCUCCCCCCUCACUCGCUCCAAAAAUCCAAUCCUAUUUCGACACCACCACCCCGCAUCUCCCACAAUCCCCGUCAAAAACAUCAAUCUCAUACACCUCUCCACCCUAGAAACGCUCCUCCUCAGGAGGUUUUGAGAUGUUGGUUUCGAGUUAGUUGGUGGGGGUGUGUAAACCGGAGAGAGAGUUAUGAGUGGGUGAUGCGGGUUUUGGGUUUGGAUCCGGAGGAAUGUGUUAUGGUGAUGGUGCAUACGAAUGAUUUGAAAGGGGCGAGGGAGGUCUUUUGUAGGAGGUGGACGGAUGAUAUUAAUGAGGAUCAGGAGGUGAUUGAAUGCAAAAUGAUGCGUAUUUGGAGGAUAUAG